CUGGAUCAAUCGGUUGUUGGUUGAAAAAGUAAGUGAUAGUGGGUCUACUGUCAUUGAUUUACUGGAAAAAGGAGAAGAUGAUGAGCUUUACAAACGUGUAUCGAAUUUUUUCGAUUUAUUGCCAUCAACACUAUUGUUGGGUAUUGCAAAUCUUAUUCCUUUCAAAUUCCGCCAGAAAGAGAGGUCUAAAGGAAAUCAGUUGCUGUGGUGUUACCUGGAAAUGCUAAUAUCUGAAUGAAUCGCCAUGGUCAACCAAACAGCUGAAAAUGUUGAUGGGUUUCUUCAAGUUGCUUCAAAAAGAUGUCCAUCGUUGAAAAAUUUGGAAAUCAUACGUUCUCCAGGAUCUGAUAUCUUUCCUUACAACCUGGAACCAUACCUCCAGAGAUUUCAACAACUCAGAGUAUUGAACAUUGGAGAUGGUGAAAUUGGGGACAGUUGUUUGGAAAUUCUUGGUGCUUUUUGCAAAGAUUUGAGAGAACUGGAUGUUUCAUUCUGUUCUAAAGUUACAGAUGUUGGAUUAGCAUCAUUGUGUGUCAGUGUUGAUCAUUCGGGAAACAGAAAUGAAUCACUUGGUCUAUGCAAAUCAAUUGUUAAGCUAUGGACCAAUGGAACCCAAGUAACCAAUAGUGGCAUUCAAGUAGCCAUUGAAAAUUUGCCUGAAUUGGAAUACUGUGAUAUGGCGUCAAUUCAAAUCUUGGCAGAGAUGCAUCAACGGGACUUCAGGAGCAAAGAGCAGCUGGAAAUUCCCAAGUAUUCCUUCGUUGAUUUGAAACUCAAGAAAAAGUACUCUUCACCUUACACUUGGGGUUCACUCAAGAUGGUGUUGUCUCUUUGUCCGUCCCUGUUAAAAGUGCACAUUACUACGAUAGCUGGAUUGAGGAACGCAGAUCUUUUAUCCCUUAUUUCUGUUGAAAGACUAUGUGAGCUCAUCAUCAAAGGAUGUGAAGAUUCAAGUGAAAUUACUUUCGAUGAUGGCGUUACUCCCCUUCUGGAAGCUAAAGGACGAAAUUUGAAGGUACUGAAACUUCAGGAUCUUGACAUCCCUAUCAAUAUCAACACCAUCUGCGAACUAUGUCCAAAUCUUGACGUCCUAGCACUCACGGGUAAUCGCAAGUACACUACCUCCACGUGGAAUUCCUCUCGACCCAAACGGAUCAAGUUGGACAUUCCGAAGCUAAAGAAUCUCGUCAAAUUAAGCCUGGGAUCCUGCUGUGCUAGUUGCCGUGGUCCCAGUCCCAACUCUUGUAUUCCCUCCGAAAAUCUGGCGUUUCUCUUAUUAUCACCUUUACUUGUGGAAAUCGACAUAAGAAAUUGCGAUACGCUCACAGAUGAUGUGUUACUAACAGCUGCACAGUCGAAUCCUUUCUUGCAUCUGGUGGAAUUGGUACUAGGUGGUUGCCAUUCCAUCACCAACAGAAGUGUCAAUGUGUUUAUGCAAGAAAAUGGAAUCAAGAAGGUCUUGCUGAUUGGCUGCAGUAAACUGACAUUGGAUAACAUUGUCACAUGGAAAAACAAAGCUAUUCAAAACGACUGGAAUUUCAUGUUGGGCUGUAUUGUGUUUCAAGAGCUUCCUAUACCUGAAAACGAUUAAGUUGGGAUCAUUUUAAGUUACAUAAUUUGUCCUCCGUUUUUUGUACGUUUGAUGAAUAUUUCAAUUUCAACUCUUUGUUAGUGUAAAACAUUUACUCAUCUAAAUGUUUGCUCAUCCUGAAAUGUUUCGGAAAUUGAAUACUCAAAUCACAAAACCUAAAUUUGUUUAAAACAGUUUGCUGAGGGGCUUUUUUUCUUCUUUAAAAUUCCCUAGAAUAAUACAGUUGUGUAAGUCACUUCAGUUUGAUGUAAUUAAGAAAAGUGCUUGGCCGUGUGAAAUAUUUAUAUAGUAUCUCGCUGGCAAAAUAUGCGACGUUCUAAUUUAGCCUAAUAACAACCAUAACAACCAACUUGUUAUUGCGCCUUACAUUCACCCUUCGCUUGUUCAAUAAAGCCCCGUUAAAUCCUC